CGCAAAUAUGCAGCUACCUGACUCGAAUGGGAGUGUCUCAGCCUCUGCAGCUCACACGCAGACUGCAGGAUGCUUUCCCGUUCCCAAUCCUGGGGAAUGCUUCUGGCAAACCCAGCCUCACCCGAAGAGCAACCAUCGCUCGACGGAACAACUGCCCGAGCACAGUGACAUUGUUAUAAUUGGCGCGGGCUACGCUGGUAUCAGCACGGCCUACCAUAUCGUGAAGGACCAUAAGGAUUUCAACAAGUCAAUCACAAUCCUGGAAGCACGGGGGGUAUGCUCGGGCGCAACAGGUCGCAACGGAGGUCAUAUGCGGCCUGAUUUCUACGGUCAUAUUCCCACAUACAUCGAUCGCGCUGGUGCACGUGCAGGGGCUGAGAUCGCCGAGUUCGAGAUUGCGCAUCUGCCCGCGCUCAAGAAACUGAUCGAAGAAGAGAAGAUAGAUUGCGAUUUUACCUUGACAAGGACCAUCGACGUCUGGUGCAAUGAAGAAGCCGCAGCCAAAGCCAAGGCAACUUUCGACAGUGUAGUUGCGCAGAAUUUUGAAUACAUGAAUGAUGCAAUUUUUUAUACGGGCAAGGAAGUCGAAGGUAUUUGUGGCGUCAAAGGCGCUGUCGCAUGCGCUUCGUACACGGCUGGCACAGUGUGGCCUUAUAAAUUCAUCAUGCACCUCACUGAGUCCCUUCUGGCAACGGGUAAGGUCAACCUUCAGACAUAUACCCCCGCGACCUCAAUUACACCUGAUCCCAAUGGCGGAUAUGUGAUUGAGACGCCGCGAGGGAAAAUGCACGCGGGCAACGUGAUCCAUGCCAACAAUGCGUACGUCGCGGGACUUUUACCAGAGUAUGAGAAAAAUAUUAUUCCAUGCAAGGGCAUCUGCUGUCGCAUUACGGUGCCAGAGGGAACCACGGCACCUCUUCUUAACAACUCCUACAUCAAUCGAACAGAAGACAACACUCUUUCAUACUUGAUCCCGCGAGCCGACGGCAGUAUCAUUGUCGGUGGCGCCGCCGCCAAGUUCCGGUCUUUCCGUGAGCAAUGGUAUAACAACGUCGAUGACAGUGUUCUUAUUGACUCGGCAAAGGACUAUUAUACAGACUACAUGCAACGCACCUAUCGCGGGUGGGAAAACUCCGGGGCCAAAGUGGACAAGAUUUGGACUGGAGUCAUGGGCUACUCCUAUGACUCGAACCCCCACAUCGGUGAAGUGCCUGCCAAGGAGGGCCAGUUUAUCAUCGCUGGAUUCAAUGGCCACGGCAUGCCGGUCAUCUGGUUAGCGGCUAAGGAGCUGGCAAAGAUGGUUGCGCAGGGAACAUCGUUCGAGGAAACAACUAUGCCGAGAUUAUUCAAGACGACUCAAUUCCGCAUUGACCGGGCAAGGGAUGGGAAGGAAGAGGAUGGCGAUAUCCUAGGCACUGGUAAUUUCCCAGCGACUAAGCAGUAG